AUGGCAGCGCUGAGGGCUGGUACUUGCGCUCUGCCAUGGGCAGGCCGGUUCAUGGCUUCAAACCGCUUCUCCUGGAAGCUCGCAUCUUGCAAGACAGCGCUCCCCGCGACGACCAUCCGUCCGCGUCGAUUUGCGACAGCGGCCUCCGAGCCCACUCCGGGCAAACCGUACUAUAUCACGACGCCAAUCUUUUAUGUUAAUGCCGCACCUCAUGUUGGUCACUUGUAUACUAUGGUCAUUGCCGACGUCCUGAAGAGAUGGCGGGUAUUAAUCGGCGAAACGGACGCUCAGCUACUGACGGGGACCGACGAACACGGAAUGAAGAUCCAGCAGGCCGCUCUAGCUGAAGGAAUGGAAGCGCAAGCAUUAUGUGAUCGGAACUACAAGAAGUUCGAGGAUCUGGCGAAAGCUGCAGGCAUAGACUACGACUACUUCAUCCGAACCACCGAGCCGGCGCACAAGGACGCGGUCCAGUACUUCUGGGAAAUGCUGCAGCAUCGGGGUUUCAUUUACACCGCCAAGCACGAGGGGUGGUAUUCGGUCAGCGAUGAGACGUUCUAUCCUGCGGCUCAAGUGCACAAAUCUUUAGAUCCCACGACGGGACAUACAAGAACGGUCUCGAUGGAAACCGGAAAGGAAGUGGAAUGGUCUUCGGAAACGAACUAUCAUUUUCGACUGUCGGCCUUCCAGGAACCCUUGUUGGAUCUCUACAAAACAGGCUUUAUUACCCCGACCGCCUACGCACACAACAUUGUCAAAUCCGUUUCUGAGGGUCUUCAAGAUCUAUCGAUUUCCCGGCCUGCAGAGCGCUUGACGUGGGGUAUCCCAGUGCCGGGCGAUGACACGCAAACCAUCUAUGUCUGGGUGGAUGCCCUAGUCAACUAUUUGACCAAAGCCGGCUAUCCUUUUGCCCCGGGCCAAGGGGCUCGCCUAGGCUGGCCGGCAGAUGUACAUGUGGUUGGUAAAGAUAUUGUUCGCUUUCACUGUGUAUACUGGCCAGCCCUCCUGAUGGCCCUCGACCUUCCACUCCCUCGCAAUGUCCUGGUUCAUGGACACUGGACCAUCAACCGCGAGAAGAUGUCCAAGUCCACAGGCAACGUGGUCAACCCAUUUUUCGCGUUGGACCGCUUUGGCGUCGACACGAUGCGCUUUUUCCUCAUCCUCCAGGGUGAACUAGCGGGAGACGCGAACUACGAUAACGCUUACAUUAUCCGCGAUUACGACAAGACACUGCGGAACGGCCUCGGCAACCUCGCCUCGCGGGCGAUUGGGUGCGCAAAGGGUGAAGUUCCGACUUACAUUGCCAACGGGGCAGAGGGAAAGCUUCCUUCGCCGACUUCCGCCGACACAGACUACGAAACGCAACUGAGAGAGCUACCGUCGAAGGUUGCGAGUCACAUGAACAGUCUCAACCCCCGCGCGGCGUUGCAAGAAAUCAGGGCCAUCAUUGAAUUGGGCAACAAAUACUUCCACAACACGUCCCCGUGGGAGAACCCUACGGCGCGCCAGCGAUCCAUCUACAACAUCGCCGAGACCAUCCGCAUGACCGGAAUUCUGCUCCAUCCAUUUAUGCCCACUAAGUCAAAGGAAAUCCUAGAUAUGUUUCAGGUGAACCCGCAGAGGAGAAGCUUCGCAUCGGCCGAGUAUGGGUCGGACCCAACCUACGGAGAAAGUCCCAAGAGGAGACACCUGUUCCCCCGUCUUCCAUUCAAAGAUAACGAAUAA